UUCACCCAACCUCCUCUCUUUCUCUAAUCUUCCUGCCUCCUCCUCCUCCUCCUCCUCCUCCUCCUUUCAAGGAACUUUAAAAAAAUUAUUUGCAGAUCAAGUGGUAAUCAUAUAAGGACGGGGUCUUGCAGGCUUUCCAACUAGAUGAUCCACAAAUGAGAAGGAGGAAAAGAUGGAGCUUCUUAUCUUAGAACACAGACUGAAAGUAGCAAGUAUAGCCAAGGACGGCAUCCAGUUGUUUACUCAUGGAUUAAUAAAACUUGCUUUUCUGCCUUCAAAGACAAGGUGCAAGUUCUUCAGCUUAACUGAAACUCCUGAAGACUACACCAUAAUCGUCGAUGAAGAGGGCUUUAAGGAACUGCCUGGGUCAGAUCUCCUGAGUGUGGCAGAUGAGAUGUGGUUGGCGUUGAAUGUUGUGUCUGGUGGUGGGAGUUUCUCCAGCUCUCAGCCCAUUGGAGUCACCAAGAUUGCCAAGUCUGUUAUUGCACCGCUUGCAGACCACAAUAUCUCUGUGUUCAUGCUGUCCACCUAUCAAACAGACUUCAUUCUGGUCCGGGAAAGAGAUCUGCCCCUAGUUAUGCACACUCUCUCAGCAGAAUUUACCAUCCUCAGGGUAGUAAAUGGGGAGACGGUUGCCGCUGACCACUUAGGAAUCACCAAUGGAUUUGUGAAACCAAAACUAGUUCAAAGGCCAGUUAUUCAUCCACUGUCCAGUCCCAGUAACAAGUUCUGUGUUACCAGCUUGGACCCCGAUACCUUACCAACUGUAGCCACUCUUCUCAUGGAUGUCAUGUUUUAUUCCAAUGGUGUGAAAGAUUCUGCAAUAGGCAGCGAGGAAAGUGGUCACAUUCGGUUCUUCUCCUUUUCCCUCAUUGAGCGCUACAUCUCGCUAGUGAUGGAUGUGCAGACACAACAGAGGUUUCCGAAUAAUCUGCUGUUUACGAGUGCGUCUGGUGAGCUUUGGAAGAUGGUUCGGAUAGGUGGGCAGCCCCUGGGAUUCGAUGAAUGUGGAAUCGUGGCUCAAAUUGCAGAGCCUCUGGCUGCAGCUGAUAUCCCUGCAUACUACAUCAGUACGUUUAAGUUCGAUCAUGCCCUGGUACCUGAGGAAAAUAUCAACAGUGUGAUUAAUGCUCUUCAAGUAAGCCAGAACAAGAAGCAUUAGAUGGGAAACCAAGAUUCUGCCAUUUCUUCCUCGCACGGUAUUUGAAGCUGAGCCUAGGUUUGAAGAAGAAUCCUUCAGGUGUUUGUUAACUAGCAGAGAGCUUGUUUUCUUGGCGAGCUGUUGGCUUACUGAAGUCGUUCCCAAAGUGAAUGUUACCAUUGUGUUCUUUGUGUGAACCGUGUCACAUUGUACUGGUAAAGUCAAACCACUUUCGACUGAUAUUUACCACCUGCCCCAACGCCAUCUCAACACCACUGUGAAAGAGCUGUGGUGAUUGACUGUUGUUUUGUGAAUUGGUUGGGUUAGUUUUUAAGAUACAUCAUGUAGUAAAGUUGAUUUCUGGGGGCUGUAAGGUGGCUAAUUAAGUCUAGGAGUGUUCUGAUCUGUAGGGUAUUGGGUAUGGUUACAAGGCAGUAAUCCAGUCCUGGAGCAAGUUCACAUGGUGCCAUUAACUGCAAGGGUAACAUUGGAAUCCUUUUCAGAUCUCAGGUCACUAUCUGACAGCUGUUACUUGUUUGGGAGCAUGUUUUCUUCAUUUCAUCUGGAAAUUUCAUUCAGUGGGCUGUCUGCUCUCACCACCAUCCACACGAUCCCCUGCAACACAGGUCAAUGGGCAAUGCCACACGUGCUGUUGUGGCCCCAUUAUUACUGAUUCCUCAAGUACCAAUCUGGCUGGGAAGGUCCUAGCCAAACAUCACAGAAGCAUUAACUGUGUAUCACGCCUGUGUUUUGGUCCUUUGUUCUCCCAGUGUCAUGGUAACCACUGAAAAUGCUCAUUAUAAAGGAUUGACAUCAGUAUAAUUGAGGCAAAUGUCCGAGCAGCAUGCUUUGCCCCUGUAAGAGGGCUGGCUUUCUACAGACAUACUGAUGAAUGGCAAAUUCCACCAAGGGAUGGUCAAUUCCCUUUCAAAUAAUAUCCACUACUUUAUACAUAAACCUGGACAAGUUAUGUUCUUUACUGAAUUUUUCUUUCAAUGACGCCCCUAAAUUUGGAGAUAGAACUGCUGGGAUCUAAGGACAGGAUCAUAUCCUUGCUUUUAAAGUGCAGGGAGAAAGAUUCCAACACAGUCAUUUAGGUUUCCAAAUAAGAAUUCCAACUGUCAGUCUAACUUGCCAUUUUAAAUAGAGCUACGCUCCAUUAGGAUUGCCCCAUCUCUGGAUUAACAUAUUUCAAGCCAAUAAUGAUGUAGCAUUAAGAUAAGUCUUUAAUAUUUCUUUUCUGGAGUUAGGGUUCAAGAGAGGCAUCAGAAUGAAUCAUGCAUCAUCCAUUGCAGAGUUCUGAAAAAGGGGAAAAGGCAAACUUCUUUGAAGGAAAAAUAAAAAAAUAAACAGCUUUCCAGUAUUAUUGCAGGUCCCAUCUUUAGAAAUGGCAAGAAAUAACAUUAUAAUUGAAGUCACAGUGGCUUGGGGCUUUUAUUAAUUUACAAUUCAUUGUACCUGCUGUUUUAAUAUCUCAGCCCUUCAUUUAUCUCUUCAAGGCUGACCUCAAUUUUCCUUUACCGUGUAUGAAGAUGUUAAAAGCAGAGAACAUUUUUAUUGUUCUAUUUGCCCUUUUUAUUCUGCAAUUGGUGGUAUAUUUUAUUGAUUUCUCUUUUUUAAUAGGUAGCACCAAAUCUGGCGCUUUUAUCUCCAUGACAAUAGUUACAUUUUCUGAUACUUUAAUAGGUGCCACCUGCCCGUAAGGAGCAGAGAGAAUGUAGUGCUAUUUAUAUUUUGUAUACUAAUUUGCACACAGUUGCCUGAAUGCCCUUGAAUGAUAACUUGAUCAUCCUUACCUGAUAGAGGUGACCCCCUUCAUCUAUCAUUUCCUUAUCUUCUGUGUAAUUUAUACACACUUUGUGAAGUAAAUAGGACUUAACUAUUUUGUACUCCUUCAUUCACUGGAAUAUCAACUCCUUUAUUUUUAAUGGUAAGUAGAGGAAGGAUUUUGCUGUUGUAGACUCCACGGUAUUAUCUGGUGGAUUAUACAGCCAUGAGAGGCAAAGGCAAGUCACAAAGCUGCCUCUCAGAGUGCUGAAGUGCCUGCUUAAUCAUCUAUCUGUUUUAUUGGGGAAUAUCAUCAAAGCUAAGAUUGUUGUAAUAGAUAAAUUCCAAGUUAUGUUAUGAAACUAGGAAAUCAUCAAACCUAGUCUGCUUUCAAUUGAUUUUAUUUUGUUAAACUACAUUUUUAAUUUCAACCCUGGUUUACAGAUGUGAUGUUUUAUCCGUAGAUGCUGUAUUUUACUAUUGAAGAAAUGUGCUGAAACACAAACAGAAACUUUUGAAGGUGUUUUUAACUCCAGCUGCUUGUUGAAUCAGUGGUAGCAACAAAGUUUACAAGCUAGUGACUUUUGAACUGUAAUUUCUUGCUUGUCAUUAACAUAUCUGUAUUUGCUGUGCCACAUUGAUGAACCUCUUGUGUAUUCAAUUUUGCAAUCAUAUUUACUUCCUUUUUUUGGUUUGUCUGGUGGUUGUUGUACCUGUUAGUGGUGAAACAUUGUAUAGUAUAUGGUGAGGGGAAGGUGUUUAUUUGGAUAUGUGUAAGUUGCCAACCAAAUCUAAAUGAGUCUAAGAAUCUCUUUGUUCUAAUCGACCUCACUUCACUGGUAUCAAUUCCUAAACUUAUUCCAAAACAUUAAUACUGUUGAUGUUACUCAUCUGGCAUCUAACCCUGAGCUAUAUUUUUAAGCAGUCUCUUUCUUAGCCCCUUGAAAUGGACCCUGGCUUCCUCAUGCUUUGGGUUGAGAUCUGAGACUAACCCCAUGUAACCCUACCCUUGCUCGUUCCGAUGAACACUCUACAGAUGGUGUAACCUCUCUCUUGGCAUUUAGACGGACACUUAAAUAGACAAAGCAUGAAAGAAUACGGUCCUAAUGUGGCCAACUGGGAUGAGAGUAGAUGGGCAAAAAGAUCAGCAUGAACAUGGUGAUUAUUAUUGAUACUGCAUGGCCGUGAAAAGCAGAGUUUAUUGAUCCCAAUGAUACCUCACUGAUUUCUGUGUCCAAGAUAAUAUUAAAAAAAUUCCCCAUUGCAAGCCACAUUAGUGACAACUUUAGUCUGUCCAGGACCAAGCUUCAGCAAAAACUGUCCAUUCUCCUGAUGUGAAGUGCAGCAUAAUAUUUUCCAUCAGCUUCUGUUUCUUUAACUUUGAAAGUGCUCUAUCACAAAUAAUUUCAUAAUAAUUUAGUAAUGUCAAAAUGACCCCAUUGUGCUUUUAAUGUGCCCACUGGCAGUUUAAUGGUGCUCUUAUGUGAACCUGGCCGGUUGAAGUCAUGGCUGAUAUAACAAUUUACAACGUCCAUGUCAAGUUUCCAAAUAACUUAUUUUGUCGGCCUUGUUUCCCAGCCACAGGCUUGAUAGCAUGAAUCUUGCCACAGCCUGGAUAAUUAAAAAGCAAGAAACAACAGAUCUCUGUAGGACUGCGACUCCCCAGUUUGCUCUUCAAAUAAACCCACCUCUUUGGUUUUUUCAGUAGUCUGACUGCCUUCCAGAACUCUGGCUGACAGUGUCUUGCAUAACUCAUCGAAGUUACUUCAUUUUUGUUUUCACUUCCGUUAUUGUGUUCGUUCCCGUAAAAUUACUGUUGCUGUUGGGGACUUCCAUCAUUCACCAAUUUCUAUUAACCAAGGAGAUACUCUAUCGAAUGGGACAGAUGAUGGUGGUUUAUCUGUAUUCUUAAUGGGAAAUAUAUUCUCACUGGCCUCCUGCAGAAUUGAAGAUGGUGGUGCUCUGUCUCAUGGACCAACAAGAGACCGAUAGAACUCAUCCAGCUGAAGCAAGUAAAUUUAAGCAGGCAAGGGAAACUGUGAUACCCCUAGUUGGAAUUAAGUUCUCAACAGUUCUAUCAAUCUCUUAUUGGUCCAUGAGACAAAGCAAUAUGGUUUUCAAUUCUACAGCAGGUACCAGGUCUCAUUGCAUGUUUCCUGCAGCUUAAAUGUGAAGGAAUUCAGAAUGCAAUUCAGAGUCUGCAUUGUUAUGGAAAGCAAUAUCAUCAUAGCAGAAAGAUUUGAACAUUUUAACUAGUCUUAAAACUAAUAUUCAGGAGAAAAAGAAGUCAGCAAUGUGCUGUUAGUGAUAUAAAAACAGAAAAUGCUGGAAAUGCUCAAUAGGUCAGGCAGCAUCUGUGGAAAGAGAAACAGUUAAAUGUUUCAGUUUGAAUACCCUUUAUCAGAAAUGGGAAAGAGAGAAAACAAGUUGGUUUUAAGUUAAAGAUUGGGUGAGGGAGGGAUGGAUAAGAUCGAAAAUAUCUUUGAUAAAGCUGAGGCCAGCAUUGCUAUGGAGAUGUGCUGUAAACAAGGUCAUCUGGUUGAUGAGUGAAUGGGAGCAGUUAGAGAGGGAGAACAUGAACAAAGGAACAGAAAAGCCAUGGAUGGGAUUCACCUUCCCUUUCAGCAUUUUGAAGGAGGUGACUCCCUGGUCUGCUCUUCCAUUCCCCACUACCCACUCCCCUUCUCACUGACAUGUUACCACAGGAGAUGCAACACCUGUUCUUUUAUCUCUUCCCCUCCCACCAUCCUGCCACCCAAAAAGACUAGGUGAAGCAGUGAUUCACUUGUACUUCUUCCAAUCUAGUGAACUGCAUUCGGUGUUCACCAUGUGGACUCCUCUACAUUGGGGAAACCAAACGUAGAUUGGGUGAUUACUUUGUGGAGCACCUGUGUCUGCAGGAUGUAGGAUGACCCUGAGCUUCCUGUUACCUGCCACAUUAACUCACCAUCCCACUCCUACUCUGACCUAUCUGUCUUUGGUCUUCUGUACUGUUAUGACAAAGACCAACGUAAACUUGAGGAACUGUGCCUUGUCUUCAGUGUGUGCUUGUUGCAGCCUUUCAGAUUCUAUAUGGAAUCCCACAACAUCAGGUAACUUGCUUUCUCUGUCUGUAUCAAAACUGGCUGGUCCAUCACUGACAAAGGCUGUUUUUCUCUCAUGGUGUGACCUGCUGCACAUGCCCCACAGAACAGCACUUCACAAAUGUUAUGUUCCUUUGUUUGUGUUUUCUCUCUCUAACUGUCCCCAUCAACCACAUUUACAGCUUAUCCCCAUGGCAACUUCAGCAUCAUCUUAUCAGGGAUAUUGCCUCUGAACUAGCUAUCCCUCCACCACCCUCUCUAACUUAAACCAACUUGUUUUCUCUCUUCCCCAGAUCUGAGGAAGGGUCUUCAACAUGAAGCAUUAACACUGUUUCCCUUUUCAGAUGCUGCCUGACCUGUAGAGUGUUCCCAUCAUUUUCCAGUUUUAUUUCAGAUUUCCAGCGUGUGCAGUUCUUCGAUUUGCUGUUAGUAAAACCUGAAUUAUUCAAGCCUUUGGUUCUGUGGAAUGAAACCAACAGAAAUGGUUGCAGUUUUAGGCUGCUCUAAUUUGUUGAAGGUGUUGUAGAUUCUAGUCAUAGAGCUGUACAACACGGAAAAUUGCCUUUCGGCCCAACUCGUCAGUGCCGACCAAGUUGCCUAACUAAGCUAGUCCCAUUUACCUACAUUAGGCCCAUAUCCCUUUAAACCUUUCUUAUCCAUGUAAUGGUCCAAAUGUCUUUUAAAUGUUGUAAUUGUACCUGCCUCAACCACUUCCUCUGGCAGCUGGUUCCAUGUACUCACCACCCUGUGUGCGGAAAAAGUUGACCCUCAGGUCUCUUUCAAAUCUUUCCCCUCUCAUUUUACACCUAUGCCCUCUAGUUUUGGACUCUGCUACCCUGGGGAAAAAGCUUUGGCUAUUCACCUUAUCUCUGCUCCUCAUGGUUUUUUAAAGCUCUAUAAGGUCACCCCUCAGCCUCCUGUGCUCCAGGGAAAAAAUUCCUAGCCUACCCAGCCUCUCCUUGUAAUCCAAGCCCUGUAAUAUCUUGUAAAUCUUUUUGCACCCUCUCCAGUUUAAUGAUAUCCUUGUGUUGCUCAAAACAUGUUAUUAGGAGAAAAGCAUUAUCAAAAAAUAAUUCCAACAAGUGCAGCUCCAUAACUUUCAUGUGUGUUGCUUUCUCAAUAUGUAUCAAUCCAAUCCCAAACUGCAAACACUGUGAUAUCUUCAGCUUUCCUGCCACAACCCCAACAAUCUCAUUAUUAGUCCUAUGUCCACUGUGCAGUGUAUGACAGAUUCAGUCAGACCUAAGGCAGAUUUUCUAAAACCUCUCCAGAGGACAGAGGAAAUGGCCCAUAUUAUCUCACUGUCAAUGUUACCAGUGUGAGAACAUCAUCUAUGCAGGUAACUGCAGCACUGCUGUGAGACUUUAAUCAGCUUUGAUCUGCUCUUCCUAAGAUUAGCAGGGGGUAUUGCUGGGUUAGCUUGACAGUACCAGAACAGUGUCCUGGUUUAGCACUUGUCCCAGUUUAUGUAGGAGGUGUUUAUUGCAUCAAGUCAAUCUUACUGACUUGAAUCUCUGUCUGGAGUGAUGCGGGCAUGAUUGAACACAUGGUGAAUAUUAUUGCCAGAAAAUGGCAUUUAAGAGCGAUAAGAUACAAGAUAAGAAUUUCAAUUUCACUGCAAUUCCCCAUUCGUUGUUUUAAUUUUCCCACAUAACAAUAUCUUCUAACUGCAGUGUCCAGUGGGGAAAGGCACAUUCCAUAAUUAUUGGACAGUACGUGCAACAACACUGCAGCCCUACCUUUUGAUCUAAAGCAUCCUUUCUACCUCACCUGUUAUCUCAUCACCCUCCCCCCCCCUUUACAAUGUAUGUAUUUAUUUCAAAUGCUUCACACAGUUACAUCAUUCUGCAGAGGACCACAUACUUUCCUGGGUGUGGGCCUGUAUUCUGCUCGUGCCCUGACACUUUGUAGGUGGUGUCCUUCUCCAGAAGUGAUAAACAAUUGUUGACUGAUGCUGAGCCGUGGGUAGCAUUGCUUUCACCAUUUUUAUCACUCUUGUAAUCUGUUUCUUCGAGCUAUGGAAUUAUAUUUGGUUUUGUAUUUUAAUGAGCUGAAUUUGUCUCCAGAUAAACAGGGAUCUGAUUCAAAGAUAACUCUCAACCAAGGAAGAGAGUGCAAUGUGAAAUAAUGUCCAAUGCACUUUAUUUGUUAAGUAAUGCUCACUCCAGGGGGUUAACACUUCAUUCUUUAUGAUGGGGUUGAAGCCUGGCACAGAUCAGCCAUGCUUGGAUUGAAUGGUGGGGCAGGCUUGAGGCUCUGAGUAGCCUUCUCCUGCUCCUAUUUUCUUAUGUUCUAUUGUUCACAUUUUUUUAUUACAUCUCAAUAACUUUACUUAAGGUUGGUUCAGUUCUCAUUCACAACCUAUAAUUUCAUCCUUUAUUACAUUCAGAUUUAGAAAGUCACAUUCUUUUAACAUAGUUAUUUCUAAAUUUUGAUAAUCCACUCCAAAUUAUAGUAGUUCGCUAUUACCAAAUUCAGCUGCUUCUUUCAGUAUAGCAAGUGUUUUGACCCAGUUCAUCUUGCACCUCUACAUCCAAUAUUGGAGUUCACUGCAUAUUGGGCUUCAGAUUGCAAUAUUAUUUAAAUUGUCUGUACCUUCCCAUUGACCACCCUGCUUUGUCUAACUUUCCUCAAUAUUUCCUGUAAAGUUCCAAGUGCUAUAAUAUUUGCAUACAGUCUGAUGAGCAUCCUCUGAUAAACUCAUAUUUGGGGAAGCAUAGAAAUAUGACAGAAACAGAGCAUCAAAUUGAAAUAAAGCACUUUUCAGUUGGGAGUCAUUCUAAAAUUGAUUCUACCACAGAACUGAAAAACCCUUCAUUGAUUGAGGAAGCCUUUAAUUCUUACAAACCUACUUUCCCACCAUUGUAAAGCAUAGCUGGGAAUGAGUCCUCAGAUAGUUGCAUCUAAAGUUCUUAGCACUUCAUGUUAGGAGUCUCCAUUUGGUUGUGGCACACAGUAACAUGACCCAAUAUAUCAUGCCUAUUUCAUUGUCAGCUCUUUCACUGUGGGGAAAAUAUUGAUCACUUUAAAGCUUUCCAGAUCACUGACCUGAUUCCAAUUCCAGGGUUGCUUUGGACUCUGUUAAGGGGCAUUUCUAUUUCCUUUUUCCUGUCUGCUCAGAGGAACUUCUCAAAAUGCUAUACUACCAAUGAAGAACAGUAGAAAAGACAAGGAUGUGCCAAUUGCACAUUUCCUGGGCUCACAUAAUGGAGACAUUUGACUCAAACAAUCAAGCUUCUGGCAAGGAAAGAGAGCACAAUCUUUGAUUGCUCACUUGCUUCCAGUUAAGGCGUGGGAGAUGCUGAGGGACAGAGGUAAAUGGUGGGGGACUCCAAGGCAGCACAUCUUGUGACUUUCCAUGUGGAGCUCUGAGGAUCACUCAGGCUCUUCUUGUGCAACAAAGGAAGGGGUUUCUUUUACCUGAGGGUCUCUUUAUUACUGGGGUGCUUCACCUUAGCGUGAGAGCUAUUUCUCUGCGCAGAUCCCAGUAAAAAUGUCAUUUGGCUCCCAUUGGCAUAAUUAAAUCCUAGUUUGUAUUAGUUGAUAAAAUUUUCACCUGCUCCAGACUAAUAUCAAAGAUGAAGGGAAAGGCUAUUCUUUGCUUUUAACAGCCUUUCCACCUGCAAAGCAUGGGAUUGUGGUGUGGGGAAAACUAGGAUUUCCAAAUAACUCUUGAGAAAAAUGUCAUCUAUGACUGCAGACCUUGAUCAAAAGUUAAUGUGUAGAAAACAGAUUUAAACCCAAUUCAGUCACAAGGUAUAUAGACCUGUCUACCUUUCAUCCAUCUGUUGCUGGGAAUUAUUUGUAGUCAUCCAUUGAUCUGUGAAAGAGUCUUGGAGAAUCAAACAAUGUUAAUCCUUUAAUCCUUCCAUAGGAUUUGAACUUAGUGCUUCAAACGCUUAUGCUGCCUUCCAUAAUUCUAAGGUUGGCAUAGCUUUCAUAUUUUUGUAGAAGACCGGCUUUUUAUUGGUACUUGUUUCUCACAAGAAGGAUCAAAGUGCUCUUAUUGCCCCAGGUAUUUAACUGGUCAAGUACCCAUAUGUUUCGUGGCCUCAGAAUGGAUUGAUCACCAUCUAAUGCCAAAUUCUUGUCCAGUGUAGUCUGGAACAUUAUCUUGAUUAAAUGCUGAAGGCUGGGUCCAAUAGCAUUGUUUUAAAUCUUCUUAAAUCCUCUAAGUUUGUUUCAGUUUCAGAGGCAGCAAACCUUUUCAUGUGUAAACUGUGCCUAAUAGGCCAUGUUGGUUGAAUGUACCUGUUGCUAAAAUACUGAUCAAUUCUGAAAGAAAACAAUGCUUUAAUAAUAUAUCUCCAGCAUGCUAUUCCCCAGGUCUUGUCACAUUCAGCAAUGUUAUUGGUGCUUUCUACAUAUUCAUUUUAUUUAGUCUGUUCUGUACAUAAAAGAAAAAAUCCAUUUCUUUGAAAAUGAGAAACUUUUGUUCCUCACUCAUCUUGUGGGUUUUCUAACUCCUGUGGCUUAUUUCCUACUAUUUCUUCAUUGCCCUUGCAGUUAAAAAAACUAAUGAUAGUAGCCCUAAUUGUUGAACAGAUACCAUAUUGUAUGAAUUCUCCUCUGUUUGGCAAACCUACUACCUAUGUAAAGUUAGCAUUGUUUUACUGAAUGAUUGAUGAUAAUGAGUAGGAAGGUCAAAAAAAAUCUACCUUCUUGUACAAUCAGUUAUCUUAAUUUAUAAACUAGUCACACUACAACUAAGCUACUAGCAUGGGAACCAAAUAUUAUGACAUUUUACAAAAUGCAUAAUUAUGUUAUUCAUCUGGAAAAUAAAUCCAGUCAUAAGUUCUGGGCAAGCUAAUAGGGUUCAGCUACAUCUUGAGGGGAUGAAACACAUUGCAGUAAACCUGCAACCAGACUAGAAGUUGAUAACAUUGUUCACUGUACGUUAUUGUCAAGGACUUCUGGUUGGAAUAAAAUUGAGCGUCUCACUGUAAUUUUUUUGACAUAUCAUUAACUAUGAUCUUUCUAGUUAAUCAUUGCUACAAUAGUAUUCUCCAUUGAAAAUUUACUUUGGUUUAAAUCAGUAAUAAUAAAGACUGGUGAAACUUUUAAGUGGGAUUUAAAACACGUUUGGUGCUGAACAUCUAAUCAUAUUGCAUUGUUGAGGCAGAGUGACAUUAGUGACAUCUCAUUAGUUUUCCCCCUUUGCACCAAAUGGAUCAGAAUAAUGUGGUACUUUUUAAUUUAUGAUGCUAACAAUGUUAUCUCAUUUAGUUUUGAUUAUACUUCUGAUUGCUUUGCUGCAAGUUGAAGAACAUUACAUGUUUUUAACAAGCUUGUUCUUGCAUGAAAUUGUUUGUAUGUAACCUUCUUAAAGGAGAAUUAUAUGGUAGGGUUAAUACUAGAAAUAGUGAAUAAUUACUCCUAGGGAAAUAGCAAGUGUUUACAGUUAUUGCAAUAAUUUAGAGAUAGGCAAUCAUCCCCUCAUGUACACUACAUUUAAUCUCAAUCCUUCUACUAUUUAGUAAACGGUGGUAAAAAGGCUUGAAGGAGACAAUAGGUGCAAAUUUCAACAGCAGCAGAGAUGUAGUGGGUUGAAUAGCCUGUGCAAAAAACAGCUGAUUUACAACCCCACUGAAAUUAUAAAUUCUGUUAAAUUAGUCUGGUGAAGGUGUGAUGGUUUGUGCUUCUUUGUGAGAGGAGUUAAAGUUUUGUUUUAAGUAUGAAUACAAAAUGAAGAAGGUCCUGUUGAGUAAGCCCAUUUUAUAAAUAGUUAAGAUUACCUUGGCUCAGAGGCAACACCAGUUGCACAAUAGAUUCUUUUAAAAAUGAUAUUUUCUUUGUGUGCAUGCAAACACUUUGGGGGAGGACCAUGACACAUUGGCUAUUCGUUAUAACAUUUAAGUCUAGGAUGAAAUUCUCAACCUUCAUUUGUUAUGUCGGUGGCUCUGUAUGCCAACGGCUGCACCUUGGUUGGGGGGUGAUCGCAGUAAUUUGCAUUAGCUACAGGACUUGUAGUUAGGUUGGCUCCAAAUCUGAUCAGACUAUUAACUCCAGCAUCCCAGUGAAACAGAUGAGGCAGCCCUAAGCUGUUACUGGAGCAAACAAUCAAUGUUGUGAAUUCCAAAGAAGCUGUCUGUGUCCUGAAGUUGCUUGGAAAUAGAAACAUCAUUCACAUCCGCACUGCACUAAUCCCAGUAUAAGUCACACUCUUUGAGGAUGAUCCCACAUAAUGUCAAAAACAGGGGUUCAUUGAAGUACUGCUGAUUCAAUAUUGAGAAGGUGCAAGGCAUUAAAUAAUAAUCAAACGAAUGUUGAUUGAUUAUAAGAGGUUGCUUUGGCCCUAAAAUGGAAAGCUUGUGAGAUCCUUUAUUGCCUUACAGAAUAAUGCGUAUGUGGCUGGAUCAUUUAACAACAUUGUUGUCUUCAUAUUAAAGCUCAUGAUGUGUAGAACUAUUUAAUUACUAGUUACUAUUUAUGCGUUUUCUUCACCAAGCAAACAAGGUGAAUACAAAUGAAGAAGGGCGUCGUAGGCGUGAAAUUACACUCUAGGACACAGGUAUCAAAAUGAUUGAUGUGUGUGACUCACCAGCCUCUCGCAUCAGGAAAUUGCAGGUAUUUUUGGCUGUGAACUUGUUCAUCUUAAUGAAUUGGAGAUUAUGGGCAGAGCUUUCAUGUUCCCUGGGUCAAGAGAUGGAGCUAGAUCCAUUGCAUUAACAGGCAAAUCAUCCCUGAUAAGUUUGAAACCUCUCACUCUGCUAUUCAGUAUGUUACUGAACCAAAAGAACACAAUGGGGAUUUUCAGGCUAACACACAGCCUUCACAGGACAGUAUAUAGUUCAAAGUUUGCCUAACUACAUGGGGCUCUGUGAAAUCCCUCACAGUUUGUAUUCACUGACAACACAGUGCAGAUCUCAGAUAGAUUAUGCUGUUGUUUUUGAAGAAACUAAGUCAAAAAAGAUUGAUGUUUGGAAAUCACGUAAGGAUGCAACUUGAACACUCACUAAAUUAGUUGGCACUAUAUAGGAAUUUUAUGCAUGCAGUCUGACCAAGCUGCAAGGAAUUGUGUGGAAUUAGCCAUUAAUGUAACAAAGAAAUUCAUUUGAAAUUUAAGAGACCCAACAUGAAAAUUAUCUUUUAAAACCUGUCUUAUUUCUGGAUCUGGUGUUUUUACUCUGCAGUUCUUCCUAUGCCCUGGUUUCUGGCCUGUUAAAACAGCACUUCAGUCCCUCUUGCAGACCAACUGGGGCAUAUGUUUUGAAUCAGAACCGGUUCAAAUCAGAUCACUUCUGAUUUCAUUUUGUUCCCCCAGCCAAUCUGCUUAAUUGAAAUGAUUUCCAGCUGAUUCCAGUGACUUUUGUAGCUGGGAAAAUGUGACAUGGCUGUUUCAAAGAACAAGAAGUUGGAAAGUAGUGUUUGAACCAUCUGAUAUUUUCAAAUCUUAUCCCUUAGCUUAUAGUAUAGCAAGGUAGACACAGUCAGAACAUUCCUGUCAUUGUCAGUUUCAAUGAUAACAGAAGCACCUGGAACCUUAACACACUGAAGCUCUCAAGGUAAAUAAGUUUUGAAAUAAAGUCAGUAUGGUUGAGAGAAGGCUAAUUGUUUUGUAGAGAAGUACUGUGGAGUACCAAAUGUUGCCUAUUUCGAGAACAUUUUGGUACUUACUGAUGUAACAAUGAUGGUGAUGUGUUCAUGUUGUACAGAUGUGCUACCAUUUCACAAAAUAUGAGUGAAUUUGUUGGGGAGCAAAAAAAGUUUUUUUAAAAAAUGCGGAGUGAAAUUCAAACAACAAAGGGAGACCAUUUAAUGCAAAGGAACAUUCAGACCUGAGGCUGCCUGGUUGUUAUCAUUGGUUGUUUUUAGAACUUUUGUACUGCCUGAUUUGGAAGAAUUUCAUUUGGUGGCAAUGGCAAGAUGUGAACAAUAGAUGUUGGGAUAGUGUUGUGUCUUGGUCAUGUCCAUACUUGUCUUUUUUUCCCAGUUGCAUCACUUUAAUUUUCAUAAUGUCUGAAUUUCUAAGUUAGGCAGAGUUCUGUCCUAAGUGAAAGCUAGUGUAAGGGAUCAUGUGACAUUCUGUUUGAGAAUGGAGAGAAGUUGCAACAAAAUAAUCGGCUUUGUUGUAGUUUUGCUAACCUUCUAUAGUUUAAUAUUUCUUCAGUGAAUGUUAAACAUACGUGGCCUAUUUAAAAUCUCAUUCCUCUGCCCAACCUUAGAAUUAUUUGGUUCCUUUCAAAGUGUGAGAAUAAAAUUGGUGUUCCCCAGUAAUGGGGAAUGGGUAAUCGAUCAUUAGCAGACAGUUUUACACUGUGCCUGAACUUUUUUCCAUUGGCUUCAAAAGCAAAAGAAAAUUAGAUGUAGUGUAAAACUAUCAAUUUGUUCAGUUUCACAUGGCUGGCAAAGACCAAUUUCACUCUGGUGUUCUUGCCUGACUGGUCACUUGUGAUAAGGAGUGCCAUGUUCUAAUAACCCAGUAGAUUGCAGUUGGAUUUACUGCUGAUGAUAGGCUGUUACUGCCAUGAUGAAAAUUUGUACUUACACCUUGGAAAGUGCUCACCUCUCUGCUCAUUUAUCACCACAUUCACAGGAAUUGCAGAAAAUACUCAAUAACUCAGGCAACGCAGCCUAGAAAGAAAGAAGGUUAAUUUCAGGUCACUCACCUUCCAUCAGAAGAGUUCCAGCAUUUUCUGUUUCCCUUUCAAAUUUCCAGUCCCUUGGUAUUUACUUUUGUAUGUUAGGUUACACGUCCUGACUAUAAAUUGCUGAACUAAAACUAGCCCCAUAAUGGUGAUGUUUUGAUGCUGUGUCCUUGGUGGGAAGCUUCAUCUGGUAGGAGUACAUUUCAACAUUCUGGAGGGUACUAUGGAUGAAUUUUCACCCACUUGUUCAAAUGGCCUUAAAGUGAUGUGCACACCCACCCAAAUUUUUCGGUGUGUACUUCCAACAGCAGGGCUCACUGACAGAUGUAUGCCAUUCAAAACAAAAUUGUUUAGAAAAUGUAGUAGUACGCUACAGCAGAUUUUCCCUUUUCAGUCAGUACUGAAAAGAGGACUUCCAACUUGCUGGAAACUUAAUUGCAGCUAUCAAUCAUUUCCCAUCUAUUAAUCCGUUCCCAUUGUCCUGUACCUUCAUAACUAGUUAAGGUAACAUAAUAUUUUUCAAAGGGUGCUGUAGCAUUUCAGCGACACUGAAGUCCGAGUGUGGAAGGAGUGUACUUUUUAAAUGUGGAUUUGUCAAUAGAGUUUGGAAUGCCACCUUUUGAUUUGGUGCGAGCCACAGUAUGAGCAUGCUCGAGUAUUACUUGGUGAACAAACCUGUGUGGGGAGAAAGUGGUUGAGGGCAGUUUCAGUAACAGGGUCACAUCAGUGUCACCCCAGUGGCUAACAUAUUCAUAUUUGCCGAUCUCAUUCAAAUUGCCUUCUGCUGCAAUGAAGUGUUUUUGAGAAGUUAGUGAUUUUUUUUCAAGUUUUAUUCCUGAAAGAAUUUCGAAUUAUAGUUGUGAAUUAUUUGAAAGGAGCUAAGCACACCAGCAUAAACUGGAAUUAGGUAGUGUUCCAAUUGUAUCCAAUUUAGAUUUUUUAAACUUGCAAGUUAACGUAGUUAAUUUCUGUUCAUUUUAGUGAGGUUGUUCUGUGAUUAUUAGAAACUUAAAUAUAUGAUGCAUUAGAAGCAACAAUUGUGCAGAACAACUCUUUGCAGUUACAUGUUAACUUGCAGCAAUAUAUAGGUAAAAAGUAGUUUCUUGGAAUAAAAUUUAAUAAGAUUUUGAAUGUUUUGACAGUAAAAUGCUUUAAUCUUACUGUGGUGCUGUAAUGUAAGCAGUGGAGAAUCCACUUGAUCAGUAUUCAUAAAACAUCUUAAUGACAGAUGUUCUUGUGUACAUGUGUUUACAGAGAUUGUUCUGUGUCAUGAUUAGUUUGUCUGUUGUUUGCACAGUAUUGCACAAAUAGUGACUGCUUUGACCACAAAUGGAUCAUGGCAUUAAUGGAAUACAGCAGCGGACAGGAAGGUUAGUUACCCUGCUAAAAGGACAGCUAGUCACUGCAUUGUAUAUUAAGGCUCUGUUUUACUCACCACUCAGUAAUAUUGAUUGGACAUCCUCUGACUAACAGCCACUGACUCUCAGCUAAUUGAGUAAAAUUGAAGCUGACUGGUGGUUGUUGACAAGGAAUGGGCUUAUAGCUCCUUCAUCAUCACUAUUUUUCUAUUGCAUGUCCACAUCAGCAAAGUCCUGUGGAACUGCAGAUAUUUGUACUUGACCAAUGUAAAUAACUGUAGAGUGGAUAUUAAACAGAAAACCUAUUGUUAAAAUAAAUUUAGAAACCAACUACCUUGAGAUUUUACUUGUUCCGUCUCUGAUGUCAAGAGGCGUGAGUUUGGUAUGUUUUUGUAUUGUUUGUUCAUGAGGCAUAAGUCUCAUGUUUAUAAUAUCUUGCGUACUAGCUUAACCUCAAAUUAUCUUUCUCCCAUGUGAACGAAUGAUUCAGAAACGCCUUCCAAUAGUUAACACUUUGCAGAUGGUCAGGGCCCAUUCUAUCAAGACUGAGAUAAGGAUGCCUAUCGGCAGCGUAAGUUGUUAUUGAAUAUCAGCUGAGUUGAAUCUCAGUUGAUUCCAAAUUAGCAACCAAAGCAACGCUAGCCAAGCCUUUCACUAUGGUGUCACCAUUUAUAUUAGCUCUGAUUUCCCUGCAUCUUCAGUCUCCAGUUUCAUUUGGGGCAGUUCAAAUCAAGAAAUGUUGCUUCAUAUAAAUCUCAUUCCAGGUGUAAUUUUAUUUUUUGUAUGGAAAACUGAGAAUUCCUGUUCAUAAACUUAUCCACGUUGUUACUUCUCUCCAGAUUUCAUUCUUUCAGAAAUAUCCAAUCUGCUCUGAGCACAGAUGGAUGAGCUGUGAUACAUCUUGAAAAGGUUCCAACUGAAUGGAACUGGGGUUAUUUGUAUUUCUUACUUACUAAUUCUUUUGCAAAUUGCCUCCCCUGCAGACUUUUUUUUGUUGCAAUCUAUUAAUCCCUCACUAAAAUGUACAGGAUGUCAGCCCUUCAAUACUGGAGUAAACAUUCUUAAUAAGCAAGAGCCAUCUUUAAGACCACAAGGCUAAAUUAUGCCAAGUUAAUCCAAUAACCAAGUUAGUAUAAAACUGGUCACUUGAUUGGAUGCAAUCCAACUGGGUCACUUGGCUUAACUGGUCUGUGCAGUUGUUAAUACUCCACAGAAGUGGCAUAUUUUGAAUAUAAAGGAUAGGUGUCACACUGUCAGGUUAAGCUCUGUAAUAUAUCAUUUUCCCAAAACUCUUCCGAUCACAAGGAGAGCUGCUAACUUGUAAUAGUGUAUAUUACUUUCUUAAAAACUAUUCCAAUCACAAGGAGGACUGCUAACUUUUAAUAGUGUAGACUGAUGAUGGUGAGGAACACAGCAUUAAAGAAAAUAAAAUAAUUCUUAUUUUGUGAUUGAGCUAUUAAAAUGCAGGUGUUAUUACAUUGCUGGUUUUAUCCAUAGUAUUGUGACACAGGAAGCAAUCAUUACUGAAUAAUCCUUCACAUCAAAAGAUUCUGUUCUCUUUUGCAAAAGAAAUUAACUAACAAUUGGUGUCAAUUAAGAAAGCAGUCACUAUUUGUUAUGAUAUAAUAUACUCUUGGGCUAGAAAUGCAGGGGAAGGAUAUCAAAAUACUGGUGACUUUCGAUCUAAGGAAAACCUGCAUGACAUCUUUGAGAAACAUUUUGUGCAUUGGUCUUUGGUGUUGUUUAUUGAAUGUUUGAAUUGCAAAGGCUGCAAUAAUUAUAGAUGGAUAAUUAUCUAUAAGGAACACUUGUGUCUGGAUGAAUAUAAUUGCUUUGGGAUUUUAAUUUCAAUCGGUGCUUUCUUCCUAUACUCUGUCACUAGAUUUUUGCUGAUAGUGGCUUUAACAAUUAUUACUAAAAGAAACUGUUAUGAUGACAGAAAUGAGAUGUUCUUUUAAAGAACAUGUUUUAAAACAUGCCCCUCAAAAUGCAAAUGUGAUAUUUUAAUAGUGUACAACACUUUUUAUUUAGUGCUUUUUGUUUACUGCUUUCAAUCCAUUUUAAGUGCCUUUGUAUCACUUAUCAUUGACACAUAUGUUAAAAAUCAAAGUUGUUUAUUUUUUAAACUGUGGGGAGUUCUGUCAAUUGGCACUCCAACUGGGGAGCACCUCAUAAAGAGAGCCAGCCUUAAAACAAAUAACUGGCUCAGCAUCAGCAACAUCCCAGGGUAAAUUUUAGGUAGCACAAAGCCACCCUUUUAGAGUUCAUGGAGGGCAAAUAACCAGGAGUUAAGCUUCACAUUUCACUCUGUGCGCUUUUUGGACUGGGAAAACGAUUUCUAUGUUCACUAUUUGUUCCAAAAAAAAAUUGAAUUAGGAACCAUACUGUGAAGAAUAUGUACACUUCUCAUGAGAUUUAACACUUCUUAUAAGCAUUUUCUUAAAUAGUAUUCUGUUUUAAGUGGUGUGCUAUUACAGCAGUGCUUGAUGACUGAUGAAGAGCAGGUACUUUACAAUUAGAAUAGUCCACCAUAUUGGACAACUUCAGUAUCAGUUUUAUUUGUGAUGUAUGAAAGCACUGGACACCCAAGAUUAAAUCUGCUUAAUAAAAAAAUUGCUGAGAUUUAUUCUUAAUGGACCUUUUGUAUAUUUUUUAAAGUAAUUUUCUGGAUCAUCACCUACGCAAUAAACAUGGUGGCAUACAGCAGUCCCAAAAUAUUAAUUAAAAUGUUCCUGCUGAUUCCUGUGGUACACAGAUUCUCAAGAACCACCGUUACGUGUUUAGUUUUGUAAAGGGAAGGGUGUGGAAAAAUAAUGCAAGAGUUUAACUUUUUGUUACUGUUUUGAUACCAGCACUAAAUGACUGGACAGGGGGCUAAGAUUUGGCCUGACAAUAGUAGGUACUCACUAAAUCUUAAACUUGUCAUCCGCUGCUGGAAGAUAUGAAGGCCACACAUUGAUAAGGUUUGAAACCACAACCACAAGGCUGGAAUGUUUUUCAGAAAAAUCUUAACCAGCAACAAUGACAAGUCAUUCUGAGAUUUAAGCCUUUACCAGAAGUUGGAAUAUUGUUCACAAGUAAAUGGCUACAGUUUUUUGCCUGACAAGAAAUGUGGCAAUUACUUCUUUCUUUAAUGAGGGUUUGCUUUGAAACAGUCACUGAUCUAGUCCAAGAGUAUACUUUAAAGCUAGACUUUUGUUUCCUUAAUUAUAAUGAACAUUAAACAUGACAAGCAAAAGCUUUCUAAGGAAUGAUGGAAUAGAAGAGCUUGGUUGAAACCAGUGCUAUCUCUCUGUAAAUGUGAGAAAGUGCACAUGCUUUUGUUUGCUCGUCUUAAGCUGAAACUGAAAAUUUAUGUACUGUAAGUAAAAUUAAUUCAUGUUUCAAACAAAAGACAGUAUAUUUUGUACUUUGUAACGUGUUAAUUAAAAAUAGAAAAAAUUUUAAAAAGGCCAAUAUGUGUGCUUUUGUACUUGGAACAAUGUGUUUAUCUUGCUGCUUUUUUGUGAUUAUAGG